AUGAACAUUUACCAAUAUCGUGCUCCUUCGGAUUCCAACGUGUGUUCUUACUUCAAGACAUUUCCCCUUAGUGUUUGGUCUCACAAGCACUUCAUCGAGAACACAAACAUCCUAGAUUUUGAGCAAUCAACGCGACUCUGGUACGAAAACCUCACCACCAUAAGAAAUCUUCCUAAUUCACUGGUUAGUAAAGAGAUACUUGAUAUAAUUACCAAGAGAAAGAUGGGCGACACGUUUACUCUUAACAAAAAGAAGCGCAAGUACGCUGAAGAUGAAGUACACACCAGUUCUGUCACGACCUCCGCUGAACUUCUAAAGGACACUUUCGAGCAUCAUAAAAAAUAUACACAACAGAAAUUGGACGUGUCUGCGACCCCAUCACCGCCUUCAACAGUUACCUUUGCUAUAAAUCAAGAUAAUGAGUUUUCUGAAGAGGCUGUUAUAGUUAUUGAGGCAAAAACAUCUGAUGAACAUAUUUACUCAGCUGUGAAUGAAAGCGAGAUAACUAAACAAAAACCAAGAAACAGCUUUCUGCCCUCUAGUACAAGUAAACCCUCAGGCAACGAAGUUUCAAAUCCCGGCAUUAGUCUAUCUGGUCUACCCUCUAUGACAAAUAAUUCCACUACUAA